CCAUUUGACCAAAAACGAACUUCACACAGUUCCUUUCCAAAGCUCUCUUCAAUGGCGUCACCCGAAUCCGCAAAAAAACUAUUCGGACCCGACCCGUACCCAAUGAUCAAUCUUCUAUCACAUCUCCAUUGCGACGACGAUCAUCUUUAUCAACCAGCAAAAACUCUGUUCAAUUACACCAAAAACCAUUACCCAACUGCUCUAAUUCUCAAACUUUUCGAAAUGAUUCAACGUAACCCUUUAUCGAUCACAGGUAUUCGUUGUUAUUAUCUUCUUCGUGAUCUUCUUCCUUCUCUUUGGCUCCGUCUUCCUCCAUUUACACGUAAAGACUUAAAAAUUGGGUUAAACUAUCGUUUAUGGCUUGAAAAAGAUUAUGAAACGUUAAAAGCUUGUGUUUCUUGCGUAGCAAGUUUAGCCGGUUUGUUGUUUCCUAAAAAUGAAUGGGAUGAUUUGUUUUACUUCAUGUUUCGAAAAUUGGGUUCGAGUUGUUUGUAUAGAAGAUUGGGUGCUUUGUUAUUAUGGAAUGAUUUGAUUCCUAUUUGUCCUGAGGUUUUUAUGCCUUAUAUUGAUUUUUUGAUUGAGGGUUUUAAGGAUCUUAUGCCUACUGUAACGGAAGAUCAUCGGUGUGGUGUUGCUGCUGCUAAGGCAUCUGUAAAAUUGGUUUUGUAUUUGGGAAAUACCGCGAAUUAUAGCAAGUUUUAUGAUCUUAUGGCGUAUGUGAUGAUGACUUUGUUUAUGGCAUUAGGUGAGGAAGUUCUUGUGUGUAGUCUUCUUGAGGAUUUGAUAAUUUUGGCCGGGGCGGAAACUGAGUUUUUUAAGGUUCAGAUUGAUGUUGUAAUAGAUUCAAUGGUGAAAAUAGUUGGGAAUUUGGAGUUAGAAGAGAAGACAAGACAACUUGGUAUUGAGUUUGUUUUAACAGUUGCUGAGGAUAAGGAAAAUGGUUGUGGAAUGAUGCAGAAGAUUGAUAAGGAUGUUGUUUCUAAGUUACUUAGUGAGUUAAUUGUGAUGUUAGUACAUAUUGAAGAUGAUCCUAAUUGGGGAAAUGCAAUUAGUGAUGAUGAAAAUGGAGGGGAAUUGAGUAUGUGUAGUUAUGCUAUGGAGAGUUUGGAUAGGUUAGCAAUUGCAUUAGGAGGAAAUGUGAUUUUGUCUAGUUGCCCUGAGUGUUUGUUCAACUUCUUGUAUGAUGAAAAUUGGAGAAUUCGUCAUGCUGCUGUUACUGCAAUUGGUCUGAUUUCCGAGGGUUGCUCGAAGGCAUUGUUGCAGGAGAUGGGGCAGCUUGUAGAGACUGUUGUGAUGCUAAUCCAUGACACGCAUCCCCGAGUGCGCUGGGCAACAAUUCAUGCAAUUGGUCAGCUUUCAAAGUAUCUGAGCCCACAUUUUCAAGAGCAAUAUCACCAACAGAUCCUCCCUGCUUUGCGAGAAGUUUUAGAUGAUUUUGACAAUCCUAGGUUGCAGACACGUGCGACUUCAGCAAUACUGUUGUUCACUCGCAAUUGCAGUUCAGAUGUCUUGAAACCUUACCUGCAGAGAAUAGUGAGUAAAUUACUCGUGUUUCUACAGAGAGGAAUGACGAUGAUGAAGGAAGCGGCUCUUGCAACUUUAGCUUCUUUAGCUAUUUCAUCACAGGACUCUGCAUACAUAUAUGAUUCAAUAAUGCCAUAUCUGAAAGUUAUCAUGGUAACUGCUACUAAAGAUACAAGUCGCAUGCUCCUUACCAAAUCCUUGGAAUGUAUUACCACGAUCGCAAUGGCUGUCGGGAAUCUAGCAAUCCUUGAUUAUGUUGAGAAGGUGAAUACAGAUUAUAUCUGUCCAUUCCUUUGUAGCACGCAUAUUAUAAAAGUGGACUGUGUUUCUUGGAACUGUCAAAUAAACCAAUACAAUGAACAUUUUAGAUUUAAAGUUAGAACCAUAUAGCGGUAAACCGAUACUUAAAC